AAACAGGAAUGAUAGCAGAAAUGCCUUAAAAAUAAAUAAAUAUAUCGCCUUCCAAAUAAAAAGAAAGAAAAACCAAAUUUCGAUUCCUCGCCGGGAAAAAGAUCGGAGGUGUUCGCCGGCGAGGUCAUUUGGGAAUAACUUCAAGCAACAUGCAAAAUCAUCAUCACCAUCAUCAUCAACAUCGUUAUCGAAAAGUUGCCGCGGUGAAGAAUGAUGGUAAGAAACUCGAGCGAGUUGACUCAGCUGAAUAUAAUGAGGAGGAGGAGAAGAAGAGGAAGAGAUUUAAGAGGAAAUUGACGAAGUACGAAGACUUACCUGAGUAUUUGAAAGAUAACGAGUUCAUUUUGGAUCAUUACCGAUGCGAAUGGCCAUUGAAAGACAUUUUGUUAAGCCUUUUCUCUUUGCACAACGAAACGCUAAACAUCUGGACGCAUUUUGGAGGGUUUUUAAUAUUCGUUGGAUUGACGGUGAUGAGUUCCAUGGAGGAGUUUGGAGCUGCAGGUUUGAUCACCAGUUUUUCCAGAGCUCAGGUAUCAGGACCGUUGAUGAUGAUGAUGAUGAUGAAGAAUGAUGUUAACGUCUCUGAUAACAAUCACAGUAGCAUCAUUCCGGAUUCACACUUAAGGCACAUUCCUCAGCCACCUCUGUAUGAAUUGCAGAAAGAAAAAUAUGUCUCUAUUCCAAAAUGGCCCUGGUUUGUUUUCUUGUCUGGUGCUAUGGGCUGCUUGGUUUGCAGCUCGGUCUCACACCUCUUUGCUUGCCAUUCCAGACGCUUUAACCUCUUCUUCUGGCGCCUAGACUAUGCUGGCAUCUCUCUUAUGAUCGUCUGCUCCUUCUUUGCACCCAUCUAUUAUGCCUUCUACUGCCACACCUAUUCACGGCUCUUUUAUCUCACAUUCAUAACAGUGCUUGGAAUCCUUGCCAUCAUCACUCUGCUAGCACCUGCUCUCUCAGCACCCCGUUUCCGAUCCUUUCGAGCUACUUUAUUCCUCACAAUGGGUUUCUCAGGGGUGAUCCCGGCAGCACAUGCAGUUGCCCUGCACUGGGGCCAUCCGCACAUGUUCGUAUCCCUUGGAUAUGAGCUUGCGAUGGCCUUUCUAUACGCUGCGGGAGCUGCAGUUUACACUAGCAGAAUACCAGAGCGGUGGAAGCCUGGUGCAUUUGAUAUUGCAGGGCACAGCCAUCAGAUAUUUCAUGUAUUUGUUGUUCUCGGGGCACUUGCUCAUAGUGUUGCUACACUAGUGAUUAUGGAUUUUCGCCGGGAAACAGCAACCUGCGGGUAUUAGGCAUUCCACUGUUAGGUAGACAAUGUUAGUAAUGAGGACAAUAUGUCUAGGUUGUUUUUCCUGUUGUUUGUAUCACGUCCAGGAACCUGAUUUUCUUCAGAAAGUGAGCGCAGUUCAUGUUGUUGUGUUGGUGACGUUUCAAGAAUAUAUUUGAUUGCCCAUCA